AUGGAAAUGGUAUGCGAGAGAACGGGUAAGAAGGGAGAAAGUCACAAAGGCAAGAAUUACAAGUAUGAGAAGAAGACGACUAUGGUCUAUAAAACAAAUUCGAAGAAGUGUGAAUGCCCGUUCAGGAUUGUUUUCAAAAGACGCCAUGAAGACGAUAUAUUCCGAUUGUAUAGUAUUCCGGACGGUCGUCACAACCAUCCUCCACCCACAAGUUUAUAUGGACACCCUGCAUAUGCCCGGUUGAAACCACAUCAGAUGGAUAAAGUUAGGAAGAUGAAGGGAUUUAGACCACUUAAGAUCCUAAAUGAAAUAAGGGCGGAAGAUAAGGAUAACUUGUCCACCAUUUCCACAAUCAACGCCGCCAAAGCAACGAUUAAGAGAACUGAAUGGGAUGGUAGGUUCAUUAUGCAACAAUCAGAGUGGUUAGCAGAAACUCUUAACUACGCCAUGCAAACUAAGGUGGGUCCGGAUGAGAAAGUGACUCAUAUUUUUCUUGCACAUCCAAGGAUGGUGGAUUUGGCUCAGUGUUUUUACCAGGUUCUAUUCAUAGAUUGCACCUACAAUACAAACAAGUAUAACAUGCCGAUAUUGAACGUGGUUAGCCAUACUUCGGAUAAAAAUUCAUUCACCGUUUGCAUGGUGCUUUGUGGAAAAAUAAGAAAUAGAGGACUAUGUUUGGGCGUUGGAACAAGUGAGGUUGAUUUACCGUGGAGAAGAGACGCCACAGGUUAUAUUUACGGAUAA